UUUAUCAACAGCUGUACAAGGAAGUGGCUCCUAGGUUAAAUUUAGGAGCGAUAUGCCAGCAGUUCUUGUCCUGCCACUUUUAUUCUGGAGUACUCGAACUAUGUCUUUGCUGUGCCGAGAAGGUGGAUCCUAAUAAUACUGCUCUACACUACUAUAAAAACAAGGAACCUGCAGAUGACCACGAAGGAAGUUUCGCGUAUAUGAAGAGGUUGGAGAUUUAUAAAGAAUUUACGUCGAUGUUGGACUACCUAUAUAAUCAAAACAUUUCGAAUUCAUUGACUCCAGCACUUUCAAGCAAAAUUGGCUCCUCUUUAUUUGAUGCCCAGACUGCAAUCACUGUUCCACUAAAGGAAGUGAUGCACGAGAUAAUAGAUGAUGCUCUUCAUUCACCAUGUGAGAUUCUUCAUGCUUCAGUGUAUACGUGGAUGAUAGAAAAAGGUCUUCAUGGAGAACUAAUAGCUCUUGCCGCACUUUCAUUGAAAGAUUAUCUUAUUCGAACAAAUGCACCGGAAUUGUUAUGGCAAUUUUAUGAAAGAAAUAAAAAUCAUGCUGAUGCUGCUAAAAUUCUUGAGGCUUUGGCGAGUAAAGAUGGUCCAGAUAUGCCACUAUCCCAACGAGUGGAGUACCUGGCGCGAGCUGUUGUGUGUAUGCGUAGCGAUCAAGCUGGCUAUGCUCCCCGUCUAGGGGUCUUCCUACGGGAGUUGGAAGACAAAGUAGAAGUAGCCAGAAUACAACAACAGAUCUUGAAUACUAUUUGCAACCAGCAACAUCUUUACGACCCGAUGACAGUACGUGAUGCCAAGUUGAGAUUGAACUCAUCACUAAUUCCUAUUACACAGUUGUACGAGGAAUAUGCAGAACCACUUCAACUUUGGGAAUGUAAACUCGCUAUUAUUCAUUGUUCGGGUCAUCAAGAUGCUAUGUUAAUACAAGGCAUUUGGACUAACAUAAUUGAGAAUGAAUUGAAGAACGCUACAGCUCCAUCUGCAGAAGAUAAAUUGGUGAUACUAAUGAGCAAAAUUAAACUUCUGGGUCAAGAAUAUUCCGGAACUCCUCAUUGUUUUCCAAUUGAAUUUUUAUUAAAGCAAAUGGAAGUGCGAGCCUGUCGACUACGUGUAUCAAACGAUCAUAUUAUAAAGGGAUUCCUGGAACUAGGCGUAUCACUGGAGGAACUAUUGGAUCUGUAUGAUAACGCUUGCCAGCUGAUAGCGCCUAGGCAUUUGCUUGUUUUGACUCCAGUUGCUCGACUAGACUUUGGAUUCUUAGAAUAUUAAAGGUAAUACUUUCUA